AAAUGUUUUGUUCAACUUCCAGUGAAAAUGGCGCGGAACAGUUUUGUGGUUGUUUUGGUAAUGUGAAAAAAUAACAUCUCGAGCGAUGGCUUCAAAAGAAACCGAUCAACUAAUAGAAGAUGAACUUCAGGCUUUGCAUCAAUCUAUUGAACAGUUGAACUCAGGAAAUUCAGAAGUAAGCUUUCAAAAUGAUAGUUUAGAGAAUCAAAAGACCAGCAAAAGAAAACGGGCGAACCAAGCCGAUGUACAAACUCAAACUCCCAAGAAGUCUAAAAGACGCAAUGUUAAUAUUCCUGAAGAAUGCCUCAGUGAUCCAAAUAAUCCAAUCGAUGAAAUAUUAGAGGGGAUUGCUCUACGGAAAAAUCUUACUACAAACAAUGUGAAACAUCUGCUACGGAAUAUAAUCGCAAAUGAAAGUGUUCAGGAAAUGCUUAAAUGUUCACUUGAUUCCAACUUAAAGAUGAGUUUCCAGCCAAAGCUUACUCGUUCAAAAACAAAAGAGUGGCUUGAAAAUCAGAAUAAUUUAGCUUGGCCAUCAUCAGCAAAAAAAGCUAGUGAUACACAAAUUCUAAUGGAAGAAGAUUUCCCUGAAGAUUCUUCUGAUGAAGACGUUGAAUACAGGCCUAAUGAAGAUGACACUGAUAAUCAUAGUGAUGAAGGAAGUUUCCUGUCUUCACACACAAGUGACAUCGGAUCUCCUUCAUCUUCUGUAGCUGCCUCUACACCAAAAGUUUCACAAAGUAUUGAUCCAUUUAAAAGACCAUUCCCUAUAGAGGAACCUCAAAUCCAGGAAGAUCUCAUUGGGUCUCGAACUCGUUCGAAACUACCCCUGAACGACACUCCUUUAGAGCAUUUGGAAUUGGCUUUUAUUCCUCCUGAUAUUUCGACUGACAUGUAUGAUUCUGACUGUGAUAAUGAAGAAUGGCGAACAUUUUUAAAAGAGUUUGUUUGUCCCCCUUCGAACCACCUUUCUGAGAACCUUGACGACGAAGAGGCCGAUCCAGAAUACAACGUUCUGGAAGAAGAAGAAGAAGAAGUCGAUGCAGAAGAAUUGCGUGCAGAUCGCACUGUCCAAAUUACUAAAAAAGAAGUCAGUGAACUGCUGUCGGAGCUUUUUGAAGAGGAUUUUUCUUCGUCCGAUGAGGAAACUACCAAACCAAGCAAUAAUCUUCCUCGCGUACAACAACCCACAGAGGACAUUCUUCAAACGGCCAUUUCAGAUAUAAUAGUUCAAUUAGAACCGAGUUCUCCAGAAAUAAGUAAAACCCUCGGUAAACCUACUGGAAUUGUACAACCUCUUGUUCUAAACCACGAGGCACAAAUGCCCUUUACUAUCAGCUUCCCAACAAUGGAUUUACCACCAAUUGAAAUGUUCCAUAAUCCUUGUUCUUCUUCAAGCGAAGUUUCUUCACUGCAAUCUUACACAGUAGAACUCUCACCAGAAGCAACAUUGCUGUUAAAUGAACAAUUGAGAAAGCAUGUGCAACUGCUUACUCAAAUGCAUUUAAUUACCGCACAGCAGGCAGGUUUGGAAAAUGUAACCGAAGAAUGUCGUUUUAUGCUACAGGACCUCGUUCCUUUAAAGCAACGAGUUGACAUCGCAAACUUAGAUGAAGCUAUUGAUCUAGUUAAUCAUUGGGAAACUGUUGUGACCAAGGUACCGCCUGAAGAACUUACAAAGUUUCAAAGAACUAUUGUCGUCUGUGGGGAAAAGAAGAAGUUCUUUAAGCGCUCAAGUAAACAUCCUGAGCGAUAUCCUUUCAACCCUAAAAUGGUCGAAUUAAUGGCAGAGAGUCGUGUCUUCAUUUAUCCUGAGCUGCUUCCUAAGCUUGCAAUCUUUCAAAGUGAACCAGGGCCGUGUAAAAUGUCUUCAUAUGAAGAACAGCUGAUAGCAAUGGGAAUGGAACAAUUUACUCCAUUUUGUAAGGAACUUUUGAUCGGUAAAAAGAGCUCAGUAGAAAACAUGGUUAAUUCCAUGAUUUCUCACUACAUGCUACCACAUUGGACUGCCAAACAGAUCGGAAUUCGUAUCAAGAACAAAUCGUUUAAAAACAAAAGAAGUAAAGAAGAAGGAAACCCUAUCAAAUAUUAUUUGGCAAACAAAGUUGCUCCACCCAUUCAUCAUAAUAGUAUCCAGCCAUUUGACUGCUACUCAACAACCGCACUGUGCGAUGUCCCACCCAAUUUGUUACCAGAACGUUGGCGAGAAAUUAUGCUGAUCCAUGGCGGCAUGCGUUGUCGGUCUAGAAAGAACGAUCUUUUUGCACUACGACCUGUAGUUCCACAUUAUCAACCGACACAUUACAUCCUCUACGGAAUUCCGUCACUCCCACAACCGACUAUGUCCACUCCCACGGUUAACAUUAUGAGAACGAAAUCCAUGGGACACCCCCCAACGAAAACCAAGAAAAAAAAAUCGGACUCGAAUAACUCGAAAACUGACGAACAAAUCGCACAAGCUAGUCAACGAAUUCCUCAGUCUGUUUAUUCUCCAGUUCUUUGCGACCUUGUUGAAACUGACAACAAUAACUCAUGCACGAAUAUCGACUUAAAUAAUUUACAACCGACUGAGGUAUUCGAAGAUUCUCAAAAUAAUGAAUAUCAAAAUCAAAAAGAGAAUCAAGCGCCUGAGGGAACACAUUCAAGUAAUGAUAUAAUGAUUCCGGUUGUCGAUCAGGAAACGGACAGAGCAAACCCGGAGGAGAAUAAUGCUUCUUCAGAAACGGAUCCAACCCCAAUGAAAGUUACUUCGAUUUCAGAGAGGGUUGACCUCGCUGAAAAAGAUAGUACUUCUGAAGGGAAAGCAUCUGCUGAAGAAAAUAUGAAUAAUGAAAAUUUGACAAAAUCACCUGAACCUACAGAUGUAUCAAGUGUAUGUUCCAAUCAACUAGAUGUCAUCGAUACCGAUUUUGAAUGUGAAUCUGAACUGCCGCUUGGGGCUUCGAGCCCUCAUGACGAAAGAAAUCGAACUUGUCAAACUUCAAAUCAAGGAGCCAAGCGCUACGUCCUAAUCCACCGUCCAGAUUCAAAUAUGACUCAUGUCAUGCAUGUUUGGGGCCCUUCAAGUAUAGCAGAACAAACUACCAUUCCUAUUCGAACAGCUGCUGAUCGCGAAGCAAAUAAUCCUUCAGGAGAAACAAACCCAUCAUCACAAGGAAAUCAAAAGUCAUCUUCUUCAGGUGCUGAGGGUGGCAGUGGCAUUUUUUGUCCAUCUGGAUCUGGUGCAUCAGGAACAAGUGCAGGCAACAGCGGAGGAGACGACGGGGAUAAACCUCCUUCGAGUCCAUUAAGCAGCAAUCAUGUCGAUGAAAAUUUAGUCAUGGAAGACGACGACGAAGAAGAAGACUCUAUUUCACUUGAUUUCUUGACGACAGUUCCAUUGGCUACCAAUUCUGUUCCAAAAGGGAGGAGCCCUGCUCAUCGCCAUAUUCGACAUCAGCGCAAUGCUAAGCGGAUACUUGACUCUUGGAUGGCCGAUGAUGACCCAGUGCAGCCACGCAGCGAUGCAUAUGCCCAAAUUUAUUUCAUGAAAGUUCGAAGUCGGUUGGAACAAUCAAAUCCCGUGGCGUUUAAAGAAUUCUUUACUACUUUGGGCCAAUUUCAAUCUAGUUCUGGUUCAUUCUUGGAGUUGUACAGAAAAAUCGAGACUAUUUUGAAAGAUAACAUGGAUUUGUUGGAAGAGUUCGUUCUCUUUUUAAGUCCAGAGGCAGCUGCUCAAUGUGGAGUACAGUUCCAACAUUUUUUGUACGUCCGAAUGCGCGAAUUUUUCUCAAAACUGAAGAUUCAUUUCAAAGAUAGCCCUUCACAACUCAAGCGAACUCUGAAGACCCUUCAGCAAGUGGAAAGCAGUGCGUCACCCAACAUAAACGAAAUAAAAAAUGCUAUUCUUCCUCUGCUCAAAGGAAACGCUCAUUUAACGCAGGGUUUUCUUCAGCUUUUUCCUGAUGAUGCACCACCUCCAAGCGAUUCAGGGGACUUUGAAGAUGUAAAUAUGGAUCAAAUCAACAGUGGAGACGAAUUUGAACAUGUCCACAUAAGUGAAAACACUCAAGCCAAAGAAAAUGAAGUGAAAUCAGGAAAACGAACAGGUAUGAAAGGAAGUGCCAAGAACAAGAAUAAGGGGAAGUCUUGGAAGAAGUCAUAGUCUCAGUAUAUGUUUUAUAGAAAAUUUGUUGUCUUUAUUACCGAAAUUCAUGUAAAUACAGACGCUUUCGUAUUAAUCGUA